GGCGGGCGGUGCGCGGCUCCGGAGGCGGCUGCUGGGCGCAGGCUGCCCGGUGCCCGCCCCUCGGCUGGGUCGGGCGGCCCCGGCUCGCCAGGAUGAGCCUGCUGUCGGCCAUCGACACGAGCGCCGCCUCGGUGUACCAGCCGGCCCAGCUGCUCAACUGGGUCUACCUGUCGCUGCAGGACACGCACCAGGCGAGCGCCUUCGACGCCUUUCGCCCCGACGGCGCUGCGCCCCCGGAGCUGGCCUUCGGCAAGGGCCGGCCCGAGCAGCUGGGCUCGCCGCUGCACUCGAGCUAUCUCAACAGCUUCUUCCAACUGCAGCGCGGAGAGGCACUGGGCAGCAGCGUGUACAAGAGCGCAUCCCCCUACGGCUCCCUCAACAACAUCGCUGAUGGCCUCAGCUCCCUCACAGAGCACUUCUCGGACCUGACGCUCAGCUCUGAGAGCCGCAAGCCCAGCAAGAGGCCACCCCCCAACUAUCUUUGCCACCUGUGCUUCAACAAAGGCCACUACAUUAAAGACUGUCCCCAGGCACGCCCUAAGGGUGAGGGGCUGACCCCAUACCAAGGCAAGAAGCGCUGCUUCGGAGAGUACAAAUGCCCCAAGUGCAAGAGGAAGUGGAUGAGCGGCAACUCCUGGGCCAACAUGGGGCAGGAGUGCAUCAAGUGCCAUAUCAAUGUGUACCCCCACAAGCAGAGACCCCUGGAGAAACCUGAUGGCCUGGAUGUGUCAGACCAGAGCAAGGAGCACCCCCAGCACCUCUGUGAGAAAUGCAAAGUCCUGGGCUACUACUGCCGCCGUGUGCAGUGACCGCCCCGUCCCCGUGCAGUGACCGCCCUGUACCUGCCGCGUGGGUGCCACCACCAGGGGAUGCUGAGUUUCUGGGCCAUUUGGGCUGGCGAGCCAUAUUCCUGACACAAAUGCCCCUGACCAUAAGCCAGGUCUCUGCACACUUUCCCAGGCUGGGGAGGCUGGGGUGCUGUAAGGGUGACAGAGGACCAGUCUUCAGCACCCACAGGCCUACAGUACUCUUCUCUGAGUCUCCCUUGGGGUCAACAGCCUCUUAUUGGCCACAAGUGCACUAAAUUUACUGUGAAUUCCAAAGCCUGCAGGGGGCUGUACCCCAAGAGCAGCCAGGCCCCCCUUUCCCAUCCAAAACCUUCCUGUCUCUGUCUGCAAAGCCACUCUUGGGAACCUUAUUUUCUGCCCCUCUCUGGCACCCACCUGUGCGCCCUGAUCCCCACAGCUGCACUACCCCCCAAUUCUCACCCUCUUUUUCCCUCCUCAGGGCAGGGAGGCACUGGGUGAAACCUGUCCUGAGGGCACUGGGAUCCUCCAACUCUGCCUCCCCUCUUUUUCCUCAUCCCCCUCCUCUCCUCUCAUUUUCCUCCCCUUUUUCCUAACCCCUUUCUCCUCUUUUCUAUCCUCCCCUUCCUUCUCCC